AUGACAGGCUUCCCGGGGCUAGGGGGGCAUCACCCUCUCUCCCACCAUGCCCACCUCCACCCUGGGGAGCUGGCCAACGACCCCGGAGUGGCGCUCACUCCAUUUGGACCCGAGCACAUGGCACAGACAAGCGCUCUGAAACUUAGCCCGUCUCAGCACAUCCAGAGCCACCACCAGCACCACCACGAAGCCCAGACCGCGACACAGAACGCGACGCACAUGGUCGGUUUCCCCGUUGCCCACCACCCCCACUCAGGCUACUCGAGCAGCAGGGACUUCAUCCUCAGGAGAGAACUCUCAGCCUCUGCUAUGCAUGCGCUUGGCGACCAGCAUAGUUCCGCCUCCUCCCCACAUCACCAUGGCAUGUUCAUUUCCCCAACAGGUGCGUACGGGCACGCAGAUAGUGGCAGCCUUUUUACUGGACUCCAUGAGCAGGGGUCUCAAGGUGCCCACCAUCACCAUGGCCUCAACGGUCAGAUGCGCCUGGGCUUGGCGGCAGAUAUCUAUCCAAGGCCGGAUCACUUCAGCGCGCACAGGCCAGAGCACUAUGGACCUUCGUCUCUGCACACGUACAACUCUAUGAAUCUCAACAUCGCUUCGACUCCUCACGCAGCAGCGGCAGGCGCGUUUUUACGUUACAUGCGACAGCCCAUAAAACAAGAGCUCAUCUGUAAGUGGAUCGACCAGGACGCACAGAGUCCCAGGAAGCCUUGCUCCAAGACCUACAGCACCAUGCAUGAGCUGGUGAACCACGUCACGGUGGAGCACGUCGGUGGUCCAGAACAGAGCGUGCACGUGUGUUUUUGGGAGGAAUGUCCCCGAGAAGGAAAAGCGUUCAAAGCAAAGUAUAAACUCAUCAAUCACAUACGAGUCCACACCGGAGAGAAGCCAUUCCCUUGUCCAUUCCCCGGCUGUGGAAAGGUGUUUGCGCGUUCGGAAAAUUUAAAGAUUCACAAGAGGACCCACACAGGAGAGAAGCCCUUCAAGUGUGAAUUCGAUGGAUGUGACAGAAAAUUUGCGAACAGCAGCGACCGCAAGAAGCACUCUCACGUCCACACCAGCGACAAGCCUUACUACUGCAAAGUGCGCGGUUGUGACAAGUCCUACACGCACCCCAGCUCCCUGCGCAAACACAUGAAGGUGCACUGCAAGUCCCCCCCUCCCUCCUCCGUCACCCCGUACAUCUCCGCGUCCAACAGCCUGGGCGACCCGCUAUCGCCUUCGGACACGCACCGGAACCGCUCGUCGAACCUCUCCCCGCAGGUGACCAACUUAAACGAGUGGUACGUGUGCCAGGGAAGCGGGGGUCCCAAUCACAUGCACACGCCCUCCAGCGACGUGCCCACGUCAGAGUCAGAGGAUGAGGACUUCAGUCACUCUGAUCCCAGGACGAUGCUGUGA